AUGGUUAGAUUCCUGGUCCAAAAUGGCGUCCGAUUCAAUGACGUACUGCUACACGCCGUCGAAACGGGUGACGUGCCGUUGACGGAGUUCCUCGUCACCGAAAUGAGUAAGACCGACCCGCAGUGCGAGCAACGUGGUUACGCUCACAGUGCCACAUAUACCGCUGACGUGACACCCGUUAUAUUGGCGGCGCAGAUGGGCCACUGGACGCUGAUCCAUUUCUUUGUCAAAAAAAGGCUCGUGGUCGAAGCUCCUCACACGGCCUCUUGCCUCUGCAAAACUUGCAUCAAGGCCAUGAGGAUAGAAGGAGUGAACGCAUCGACGCGCAACCUAAACACAUACAAGGCCAUCUGCAACCCCCAUUACAUGCUCCAGGUAUCGGGUGACCCCAUACUCGAUUCUUUCCUCUUCGCACAGGGCAUGGCCGGGGCGUCGCACGCCGAAGAAGAAUUCCGAAGGGAAUACGACGAGGAGAUCGCGAAGCUUCGAAAGUUCACGUGCGCCCUGCUAGACCAGUGCCGCACGAUCGAGGAGACGCGCGUACUCCUUGAACAGCCAGCUGGACUCGAAGGCCGGGUUGCGCACUUGGCAUUCCCGCGCGUCAUCCUGGCCCUGCAGUACCACGAGCGUGAGUUCGUCACGCACGGCCACGUUCAGCAAGCGCUUCGCAUCGAGUGGGAAGGAGAAUUCAAAGCCUGGAACCGACUCUCGUUUCCUGUCAAGCUCGUCCAUUUCAUGAUCAGAUUCCUCACGCUGCCUGUCGUAGCAGUUUUGGUCAAGCUGAUGCCUCAAUCGGUCAUCGCUAAGCACUGGUCGAGCCCCGUAAACAAGUAUAUGAACCACUUCGCUGCAAGGCUCAUGUUCGUAUUCUUCGUAUAUAUGCAGAUAUGUCUCGACAAGGCGAGAACGUCCCGGGGCGCUCCCCACACCGGCGUCGAAUGGUUUAUCGUCAUCUGGGUAAUGGGAUUCGUCUUCGAGGAGAUCGUUACCUGUUACACAAUUGGCGCGUCACGUUACUUCUGCAGCAUGUGGCACUGGUACGACAUUACCAUGAUCAGCCUGUUCUUGCUCACCUUCAUCUUCUGGAUAGUCGCUUGGGCGCAGAUGCUUGGGGAUCCGAGUGGAGGUACCGUACCUCCUCGCAAGGAUUGGCCCAGCAUGGACAGCACCCUGAUACAUGAGGCGCUGUUCGCCGUGUCCUCUGUGAUGAGCGUGUUCAAGCUCAUGUACUACUUUCAGGAGAGCGCCAAACUAGGACCGCUGCAGGUAUCUAUUUCCUCCAUGAUGGUCGAGAUAGUGCGGUUCUUCUUUAUCUGCCUCUGCAUCAUGCUGGCGUUCGCGUUCGGGCUGACGCGCAUGUACGAGCCCUACAAAGGGAUGAAGCGGACGGAACCCGAUGGCGAGGAAGUGAAACAGAGCCCGGCCUUCACGUCGUUUGGCAAUUCGAUGAAGACCUUGUUCCUUCGGAUGCUGGGCGUCGCGUCUGAUGACCAGGCGGACGUGGUGGUUGCUAACGCCGAGGACGGGUCCAUCAACGAGCACUGGUUCACCGAGGUGGUUGGCUCCACUUUGUACUCGGUCUACCAGGUACUGAUGCUCAUCGCGAUGCUGAACUCGCUCAUCGCCAUUGUGACGGGGACCUUCCAGAAAAUAAUCGACAACGCUGAGGUGCACUGGAAGUUUUACAGGACGCGGCUGUGGAUGCACUACAUCAACGAGGCACUCGUCGCUCCGAGCCCAUUCCUCUUCUUCCAGAUGCCGCUCCUGAUAGUCGAUUUGGUGAAGAAGAGAAGAUACUGGCCGCGGAGGAACCAACCGACGGAUUCCUACUCCGACGUUAUCAACAAAGUGGUGCAGCGGUACCUGUGCCACGAGCGUGUCAUACUGUACGACUGA